AAUUUUCUACAAUACUUAUUCAUGAUGUCUUCAUUGUGACUUCAAUUGCAUCUCUCUUCCUCUUCCGCCUCCGCCAUUGACGCACAUCUCACUUUAAUUAAUUCAGAUGAGUUUUAUUUCUCAACUGUGAAACCUAAUUGUAGAAAAUGAGGCCCCCUUCUACUCGUAUUGACAUUGCUGCUAACACUCAGAAACUGGAUGUUGACAAUCGAAUUUCUUUGCGCAUCUACUACAGGAUCGCCGACUCUAUACUCAGACAGGCUGCUAUUUUUCGGAAUGAGAGGAAUAUUGUAGACCUCUAUGUUAUGCUUCUGAGAUUUUCAAGCUUGGUAUCUGAGACUAUCCCAAGCCAUAGAGAAUAUGCCGCAUCUCCACAGAGCAAAAGAAGUUUUUUGAAAAAGCAAUUGCUAAUUGCCUUGAACGAAUUGGAGACUCUGAAGCCAGCUGUUAAGCAAAAGCUUGAACAACGUGAAAGAAAACCCAUAUACCAAGCUAUUGGACAGAACUGUGGUAUCCUUCCUAAUGAAUCAUCUAAUUCUUCAGUGCAACAUACUCUCAUCAAAUCACAAUUUCCAAUUAAUAAUCAAUUAGUUCAGGCAUCACAGAAUUUUACCAGUGGUGUAUAUGGAGGAUCCAAUGCGUUGCAGAAAGUUCAUGUUGUUCCCAUGGAAGAAAGAUUUAAUAGAUUGUCUGUUACCCUACCUCGUCCCAGAGAGGAAACACUUUUGAAGCAUUCAAUUGUGGGAUCCAAUGGUCUAUUCAGACAGUGGCAACCGCCUGUCGCUGAUAAAGAAGUUCGAUACCCCAGUGAUAUUGAUAUCACUCCUGUUGAUAUCCCAAGGUUCCAACAGAGCAUGGCUAUUGAAGAUGGAAUACCUUCUAGGAAAGAUGGUAACGCCUUUGACUGUGAAAAACCAAAAUUGCACUCAAAACUUGAGCCUAGUAGUGAUAAUCAGAUGCCACCUGAUGACAAGCAGCUAAUGAUUUCAUUUGAAACAUCUGACGUCUCUGAUACUGUUAUUAUCAAGCAACCUAGCCCUCCAUCUGUACUUGCAGAGGUGCUAGACUUAAUCCCUACUGAGCCAACCCUUGUAUCGGAAAAACAUGACGCAGUGGAUACUCCGUUUAAGGAUAGUUUUCUUCAGCCAGAAUCUCCUAUGGAGCUGCACAUAUCAACAAGUAUGAUGAAUACAUUCUUGAAACUGGCCAAAUCUAACACAUCGAAAGAUCUGGAGACAUGCGGUAUUCUUGCUGGUUCCCUUAAGAACAGAAAAUUCUAUGUUACGACUUUAAUAAUUCCAAAGCAGGAAUCAACGUCAAAUACUUGCCAGGCAACAAAUGAGGAGGAGAUAUUUGAAGUGCAGGAUAAAUGCUCGCUUUUCUCAUUGGGAUGGAUUCAUACUCAUCCCACCCAAUCCUGUUUCAUGUCAUCUGUUGACGUUCACACCCACUACUCAUAUCAGAAUAAGCGGGAUAAAUAAUGGAAACACAACUCAAGGCGAAGGCAACUCCAACCUUAAUCCAAAAUCCAGGUGGGUGUUAUAUACAACAAUAAAGUAGGAUCAUACAUAGCAUGAGCCUCUCAAGGGAGUCUUCCACUAGGAUUGAACCCAAACUCUUGCCAAGUCAAAAUAUGAUUAAAUUUCCAAGCUCUACUCAGCAAGAUACUAUCAGGUAUUUGGCCUUUGUACAGGACAUAAUUUUCCACAUAAUUCUUCACUUCGGCAUCGUGAUCCUCGUCCUUUUUGAAGUCUAGUCACUCUCCAAUUGGUCCACCUUAAUGCUCCUAAAUAGUUCUUAACCAGACCCUUACUCAUAAAACUACUAUCUGACAACUCAGAUUCUCUCUGACUGGAAACUCUCUCUUAUUGACAUCUGAAUGAGGGUAGGCAGCGAUGGGCUCGAUUUCAUCUACUCUAGGGUUGCAGGACACGCCUCCUAUUCUAACCAUGGUGACAAGGGAACAGGAUAGGGUUUAAGAAAAGUUGGUGAGAUAAUGAGAGGAUUACCUGAUAAAUGCAUAUGAAGGUUGAUAAAUUAAGCUAAAUAAGGAUUUCUCCACUGUGAUCCCCUCAUUUAGAGUUGGCUUCUGCAAAGGUGCAUUUUUUGUUAAUUUCUCCAUUGAAUUCAUGUUUUUUCAGAUGGAUUCAUACUAUUUUACUUCUGAUUGGCUGGAAUUGGACUAGUGUGAAUACUCCAAUUUAGAUUCCCUAGUUAGUAUUAACUUUCAAUAGCAGAAUUAUUGGGCUAAGACCGCUAGAUCUUUUAAUCGUUUCGUAAAAUAUUUUUUAGUAAAUCUUUUGCCGUUGUGAUUUGUGAGUAGAAAUUGUCCUUUGUCUUUCCUGCUUACUAUCCAUAUAAUUCCUCUGCUGUUGAUAUUUGCAACGAAUCCCUUUCGGGAACUUGCUUAACAGUUGCAUUAUUUUCUAAAUGGGCAUACUUUCUUUCGUUCUGCAAUUCUGUAUAUUCAAUGAAGCUGUAAAUUACGUAAUUAAAUGAGAUGUCACAGAUUAAUGCUUUGUUAUAUGAUUUAUAAUAUG